AUGCAUAUUUUCAACGAUGAGAUAAUAGAAAAUAUAGCGACAAUUAUAGACAACUCCACCACCACUCCAUCGCCUGACCCGACAACUCCAAUAUCGGUUGGCUAUAUAUCUGUAUUAAUAUCAAUUAUAUUUUUUGGUUCAAAUUUUGUUCCAGCAGCAAAAUAUCCAAUACGUGAUGGACUUUCAUUUCAAUUCUUUUUAUGUUGCGGAAUAUGGAUAACAGGUGCAAUUAUUAAUUUAAUUGUUGGAAACCCUCCUUUUUUCCCAUUAGUUUUAAUUGGAGGAGUUCUAUGGACAACUGGAAAUAUUCUUUCAGUAUAUGUAAUAACUAUUAAUGGUCUUGGUUUAUCUAUGUUAUUAUGGUGCACGUCCAAUUUAUUUAUGGGAUGGGCAAGUGGACAUUUCGGUUGGUUUGGUUUAAUAGCAGAAAAAGUCGAAAAGCCUGCGUUUAAUUAUAUUGGUGUUGCUCUUGGCGUUCUUAGUGGUCUCAUUUUUCUUUUUAUUCGUACUGGAAAAAAUGAAAAAAAUAUUGAAGAACGACAACCAAUUCUUCACUCAACUGAUGCAUCAACAAUAAAUAGAUUCAUUGAAGAGGAUUCAAUUACGAACAAUAGUUCAUCAUCACCUAAAAUAAAUAUUCGAAUGCGUAUCAUUGGAUGUAUAUUAGCUAUUAUAAGUGGAAUAUUUUUUGGUCUUGUAUUUACUCCAAGUACAUAUAUACAAGAUCAUAGAAAAGAUAAAUAUCCAACAGCAUCAAAAAAUGGUCUUCAUUAUAUAUUUUCAAUGUAUACUGGAAUUCUUUUAUCAUCAUCUACAUACUAUAUAAUAUAUAUGAUUGUUAAACGCAAUCGUCCGUAUGUUUGUAUACAAAGUAUAUUACCUGCAUUCAUAUCUGGAAUUAUGUGGGCAAUUGCACAAGCAGGUUUUCUUGUUGCGAAUAGUGUGUUGAGUCAAGCAAUAUCAUUUCCAUUAGUAUCAACCGGACCAUCAACCUUAGCUGUACUUUGGUCGAUAUUAUAUUUCAAAGAUAUAGUUGGAUCAAGAAAUUAUUAUAUAUUCGGUGGUGGAACAGCACUUCGAAUAAUUGCUGCUGUUUUUAUUAUUUUGUCUAAACCAGUUUCUAAUUAA